UUUUCUAGCAUCUGUGACCUGUUUGCUUGAACCAAACUGUUGCGUACCUGCCUGCCUGACCCUCUGCUGGACUUUUGAACGUCGUGACUAUGAAGCUGUCUGUGUUGCUGAUGUUGGCGCUGCCGGCUCUGUCCUCAGCCGGCCUAGACAGCUGUGAGAAGUACGACAGCUGUAACAAGUACCAAGAAGCAGUCCUGCUGCUGAACCCAAAUCUGGAGGAAAGGGUUCCUAAUAUCUCUGAUAACGAAAUGACAGAUCAAGCUCUUCCAACUCCUGUGGAGAUCAAGACCACGUUGGCCCGGUAUUCAUUGUCCAACUUGUAUCAAACCAACCUGGAAUGGAAGGCUUUUGAUGGCUCUCUCCCCGAUGGAGCAGUUUCAAUCUACAACGAAUAUGUUGGACGCAUCGACUAUGUUUGCCAAUAUGACUGUAUUGCCGGCUUCUACAACCCUGACAUGGAUUCAACUCCUUCCUGCCACUACCCCUUUGGCGGUAAAGCUUAUCUUGGCUCCCAAUUUCAGAUCCUGGUGAACAAAAACAACUUUGAGUUUUUGGAAUGGAAGGAUGACUCCUACGGUUCAGUGCCUCAGAAUUCAGUCAGUACCUGCUCCAGAGACCUUUAUGUUGGGAAGAACAAGUAUGGUCUUGGAAAGGUGGAUGUUAAAAAUCCGGCCUUCUACCUUCCCUGGAAGGGUUAUGAGUAUUGGUACAAGACCUACCAGGUCCUGACCUUUAACAAAGAUAUUUACAGUGAGCACAUCUCUGAUGUCAAGUACAAGACUGAUGAGGUUAAAAUCAUCACUUAUCCUCCAGAGACCAUGGACAAAGCUUCCAUCACCAACAAGGACUGCCAGGCAGUGACACAGACAGCUUCCCUCUCAAAGACGAUCCAAGAGGAGCAAAGGUGGGACACCAGCUCUUCUAUCACAGCGGGCGUCAAAACUGCCAUCACUGCUGGAAUCCCCAUAAUUGCCUCUGCAAGCAUUGAGAUUAGCGCGGAGACGACCCUCCAGUUAAGUGAGGGGACAACUUAUACCAAGUCGAUCGCCCACACUGUUUCUGUUACGCACAAUGUCCCACCAAACCACUCCUGUGGUGUCAGUAUGGUGGGGUAUAAGUACGGGGCAGACAUCCCUUACACUGCACGCCUCAGCCGCACCUACAGCAACGGGAAGACCACAUGGACGUCCAUCUCUGGGACCUACAAAGUUGUCCAAAUGGGAGAAGUCCGGUCUGUGGUGGAUCCCUGUCAACAUGUACCUGAUCCCACAGCCUGCCCCUGA